AUGGAAAAGUUAGGAUUUCAUAAGGUAUCAAAUCAUCCGGGCCCUGGAAACCCGUUGAUCACCCACAAUCAACCAAUUGUGCCUGAAAGAAAGGCGCCAGUGAGACAUUUCCAGAAGCAGUUCAAGGUGGAUAACUGCCCUUCGAAUGCGGUAGCGUUGUCGAAUUGUAUCGGGGUUAAUCCAAGGGACUUUCAAGAGAUGGGAAACAGAGAACCGGUUAUAUUGGAUGGGAAUUUCGUGUAUUCGAUUUACAAGGAUGAGUCGGUGGCACCGGGAGUAGUUGGACUUGCAGGUAACAUGAGACUGUGGGGGAAGUGGUCUUUACAUCAACCGGUGGUGGUCGAGCCAUUCAACAUUUUCGAUGGGAACAAACAGAGCUAUUUAGGGAGUGUAGAUUUGGUGGUUGAUUUCAGAUCAAGGUCGAAGGCGCACUCGGCCCCUAUCAACCACGAUGAGUUGGUGCAACACUUUUUGAAGAUGUACGAGAACCAGAUCUUGCAACCAACGCAAUCGAUUGUCAUGGACUUCAAGGCGAAUAUUUUCCUCGUCACGGUGACAGGUAUCCAGGUUCUUGAUAUCAACAACUUGGGCGAUGUGCCAAACUUGCAGACAUUGAGCGACUUGAAUGCCAAAGGGAUUUUGAUCAAACAGACGCAGCUCAACAUGUACCCACAAGAGGGCUCAUCGAUCAAUAUUGCGGCCGCUAGUGGCUCGAGGCAGCUUAGAAAGCCUCAGGGUAAACCUAUCAUCAACCCUGACUUUAAGUUGGAACAAAUGGGUAUUGGUGGGUUAGACGAGGAGUUCUCGCAGAUUUUCAGAAGAGCUUUUGCCAGUAGAAUUAUUUCGCCUGAUUUGGUAGAAAAGUUAGCGUUGAGACAUGUUAAGGGGUUGUUGUUGUUCGGUCCUCCCGGUACAGGUAAGACAUUAAUUGCUAGACAGAUUGGUAAAAUGUUGAAUGUCAAGGAACCAAAGGUUGUGAAUGGGCCAGAAAUGUUGUCCAAGUAUGUUGGUGCAUCCGAAGAAAACAUCAGAAAGUUGUUUCUGGACGCUGAAACCGAAUACAAACAGAAGGGAGAAAACUCGCAAUUACAUAUCAUCAUCUUUGAUGAAUUGGACUCUGUUUUUAAGCAAAGAGGAUCUGCAAAGUCCGACGGUACUGGGGUUGGUGACAAUGUGGUUAAUCAGUUGUUAGCCAAGAUGGAUGGUGUUGACCAAUUGAACAACAUUUUGAUUAUCGGUAUGACCAACAGAUUGGAUUUGAUUGAUAAUGCGUUAUUAAGACCUGGUAGAUUUGAGAUCCAGAUCGAAAUCUCGUUACCGGAUGAGAAGGGCCGUAAGGACAUUCUUUUGAUUCACACCAAGAACAUGAAGCAAAACGACUUGUUAGAAAAAGACGUGGAUUUCGACGAGUUGGCUGCGUUAACCAAAAAUUUCACAGGUGCCGAAUUAGAAGGGUUGUGUAAUUCGGCAACGUCGUUCGCGAUCAAUAAAUACACCAAGAGUGACUCGAUGGCACAGGUAGAUGCCAAUAUUGCCAAGAUGAGAUUAACCAGAAACGAUUUCUUGUUGGCAUUGAAUGAAGUUAAACCGGCGUUUGGGGUUAAUGAAGAAGACUUGACCAAAAAUGCUCCACACGGAAUUAUCCAAUACUCUCCUAAGGUUAAGACUAUCUUUGACAAGGGCCAAUCGUUUAUUGAUGAAGUUAAGUCUUCAGAAACCGAGAGAUUGAUCAGUAUUUUGUUACAUGGACCUCCAGGGAGCGGUAAAACUGCAAUCGCUUCUACUUUAGCGCUAAACUCGGAUUUCCCAUUUAUUAAAAUGCUUUCAGCCGAAAGCUUGGUAGGAAUGUCCGAAGGUAUGAAGAUAACCACUAUCGACAAUAUUUUUAGAGAUAUCUACAAGUCUCCAUUGAACAUCUUGGUGAUUGACAAGAUCGAGAAUUUGAUCAACUAUGUCCCUAUUGGUCCUAGGUUCUCCAACGACAUCUUGCAGAUGUUGAUGGUGAACUUGAACAAGCAGCCACCCAACGGAAGAAGACUUUUGAUCAUUGGAACAACAUCGCAAUACUCGGUUUUGAAACACAUGAACUUGGUGGACUGUUUCACCAAAACCAUUGGUGUGGGUCAAGUCACCAGCACUGACGAAUUAAUGAUAAUUAUGACCAAAAUCGGUUUUAUGAAUGAACACGAUAGACAUUCCAUUGUAGACCAAUUAAACAACAUGGAGAAUCCCAUGGGCAUUGGUAUUAAGAAGCUUUUGCAAGUAUUGAUGAACUCGAAAUACUUGAAGGCUGAUGUCAAUGGUGUCGUGGAAAACAUCAUAGAAGCACAUUUAUCCUAG